UCAACCGUCAACCGCCAUAAGGCUGCCGUUAAUUGUCUGACGAUGGAAGGAUUCCAGGCGCUGCAGCGGAUCCAAGAGAGAUCUCACGAAGACCCCUCCAUCCACAUGGCGUCCCUUACGUGGACCACUCUCAGCCACAGCGCGUUUGGUGAAGCCGGUCAGACCAGUGGUGCGAUUCAAGCUCUUAUGCUCGAACACAUGGUUAGGUUCCGCUCCUCAUCCGACAACUCGAAGGCGCUAACGGGCGAUGAUCUACCUGACGUCGCCAAACUCGCUCACGAUGCACAUGACUUCAUGGAACGGACUGAGGCGGCAUUCGGCGCUCGUAGCGAGUGGUCCCCCGAGCUCGCAGUGCUGGUAGAAAAGUACGCCUACGUCCAGUCAGGCGCUCUCGAGACAAUUGUCCGCCCAUGGAUGAAAAAGCGGGAUGACGAGGCGAACGAACUCAGCAGCAAAUUGCCCGGCGACCGACGUUUGUCCGACGACCACUUCCACGUCAUCUCCGCCGCGAAACCCCUCGGCCGCAUCCACAAGGCUGCCACUAAGAGUAAGACAGAACCGUCGACAACCCACUACGAGACAUUCCAGAAGCGGUUUCAGGAAGUCAUGCUCGCCUACAACAUUUCCGAGCUCGUCGCCGACACUUCAUCCAGUCAAGGCUCGACGGAGGGCGACAAUGGAGUUGAGGCGACGGGGACUGGCGUCAGAAGCGGCGCGGGGGGCGGGGAGGAAGGCGAACAAACCUCUGACGGAGAAGAUGGGGAUGUUGGGGGCGGAGAGGACGGAGACUUCGGAGACGGAGAGGGAGACAUGGAUGAAGAGGGUGCGGGUGAUGAGGGAGGAAACGGCGAAGAUUACGACACCACCCCGCGGACCGGAAAUGUAAAGGGGAAGCGGAAGGGGAAGGGGAAGGGGAAGGAGAAGGCCAAAGGACAGGAAAAAGACAACGAAGGCACGGUGGUGAAGGCCAGGCAAGCGAGUCGGCGCAAGUCCACCGGUCACGGAGGGCUACUGUUGACGCCGGCGACUGUUGAAGACGUGGAGGAGUGCAUGGCGCAAAACUUCGUCGUGCACGAGGAGUACAGCCUGCUCGAUAUGGAUCGCGAUGAGCAGGCUGCCAUCGACCUCCGCAGACGGGCCAAGUUGGUCUUGCUCAACGUCGGCGCAUUCUAG